ACGACGUACAAAACUGUUACUGUUCGUAUAAGCCGCUUUACAAAAGACGAAUAUUCAUUUACUCUUACGGUUGCUUUAACGACUGACCAUUUAUAGCGAAACCCAUUGUUUCAUUUUAGCUGUUUUAAAUAUUCCCAACUCAUCAGAGGUUACUCGAUCGUUUACCAUUGCUAAUCAUUACAAUCACUAGUAAAUAUUUAACGUCUAAGCUAGAAGCUAAAUACUUUGGAUAACCAUGACUCAAGAAGGACAGAUUCCACCUCCUCCCGUUAUUUGGGCUCAAAGAAGUAAUAUUUUGUAUGUAACAGUGUGUCUAGAAGACUGUAAAAAUCCAACUAUAAGAAUUGAGCCAGAUAAAAUAUACUUCAAAAGUGUUGGUGGAGUAGACGGUAAAGAGCAUGAAGUAACAAUCAAUUUAUACAAGGAAAUAGAUCCAGAAAAAUCGGUCAAAACUCCCAAAGGCCGAAUUUAUGAAAUGAUUUUGUCAAAGAAAGAACCCGGUCCAUUCUGGCCUAGACUUACAAAAGAGAAUAAAAAGUUCCAUUGGCUGAAAAGUGAUUUCAAUAAAUGGCAAGAUGAAGAUGAAAGUGAUGAUGAAGUAGGUAACAUGGAUCCAAACAGUUUGGAAGAGAUGAUGCGUCAAAUGGGUGGACUUGGUGGAGCUGGUAAUAAUAUGGCCAAACCUAACUUUGAUGAUUUAGACAAUGAUGCAGAGGGUGAUGAUGACAGUGAUGACGACGAGAUGCCCGAUUUAGAAUAAACAACUGAUUAAGUACUGAUUAUUAAUAAUGGGACGAAUUGCAUUGUUAUAGAAAUCAACAUGCUCAUACAAACUUCUUUAUCAUAUCUUAUUGUUUUUAUGUUAUAAAAAUAAAUGGCCUUUACUAUACCACUAGUAGUAAAAAAAAUUAAAUAACUUCAA